AUGAACCUUCCCUUCACCGUACCCCGUCCCAACAUGGCCUCCCUUCGCAACGCCAGGGCAAACUUCCUCCGCCGCGGUCCGGCCGCGGGCAACGACAGCGAUGCGCACCACGACCUGGAGCGGCAGUCGAGCAGAGAGCCGCUGUCGCCGCGCCAGGAGCCGGAGAUGCAGGAGCGCGCCGCGGCCACGGCGGCCAGGUCUCUCCUGGGCGCCCACCUGGGCGGCGGCCGCAGCAGCAGCAACAGGCCGUCCUUCUUCAGCCGGUUCACCAACAGCACCGACCCCGUGCAGGCCGCGCGGGACUACGAGGACCAGCGGCAGCGGCGGCGGCAGCAGCAGGACCACCCGGGCCCUGACUCGCGGCCCAGCAGCAGCGUGUACGACGACGAGGUCGCCGAGUCACCCAAGACGCCGCAGUUCGCGCUGGGCAUGCCGCCCCUGCCCUCGACGAGGCUGCACCUGCCCAACCUGGCGCGCACGUGGACGCAGGGGUCCAACGGCCCGCCCACGGCGGCGAGCCAGCGCGGCGCGCCUCCCGUCGCCGCCGCCGCCGGGGUCGCGGAACCGGUACCCGCGCUACCGGCCGACAUGUUCCGGACGCAGGCCCCAUCGGUAUCGCGGCGCAGCAGCCGGCGGUUCCAGGGGGCGGACCCGGCGGAGCUGCAUCUCGCGAGCCUGGUGGAGGAUAGCCGGCGGCGGCGGAGGAGGCAGAGGAGGCGGGGCGAGGGCAGCGGGGAGGAGGAUGAGGACCGGGAGAAUCGGGAGGGCGGUGAUGAUGAUGAGGCGAGGGCGAGGCGGAGGAGACGGAGGGCCCACCGGCGGGCGGAGAGAGAGAGGCGGUCGCCGCCCAAGCACUUUUUGUUCUGCUUCCCGUGGAUCAAGUCGAAGCGCAUACGGACCAACAUCCUGCGGUGUUUUGUGUCGGGGAUCUUCCUGGCGCUGCUGCUGACUGUCUACCUCGCCCUGUCCAUCACCAAGAACAUCAACAGCAGCGAGUUCACCGUCAUGCUCAUCCUCAUCAUCCUCUGCGUCACCAUCUUCUUCUGCCACGGCCUCAUCCGGCUGUGCAUGCUCAUCGUCAGGGGCCCGCGCAACGCAGAAGAAGAAGAGCGGCGGCGGCUGCCGCAGAUGUACGGGCCCGGGGGCUACGCCAUCCCGAGGCAGCCGAUCCGCGUGGUGCUGGCGCGGGACGAGGAGGCGGCGGGCCUGGACAGCGAGACGACCAAGAUGCGGCCGCCGGCGUACGGGCUCUGGCGGGAGAGCGUGAGAGUCGACCCGGACAGGAUCUACUGGCAGCGCAACGAGAACGCGGCGCCUGCGGAGCAUGAAACGCAGACGGGGCUCCGCGGCGGCGGCGGCAGCGACGACGGACAGGACGAGCAGCAGCAGCGCAGGCCACCCAGCUACGCUUCGGACGAUGGCGUGAGCUAUGUUGUUGAGGCGCAGCCGCGUUCGAUCGCGCCGACGACCGAGGUGCCGCUACCGCUGCCGCAGCAUCCUGCCGAGGCGGGCCGGGCGGCUAGGCCGGCGGCAUGGUGA